GAUCGAGUUCAGUAUUUUGUGAGUCUUGUGUGUCGACGGUAACUUAAUGUGUUUUUUGCCAGUGAGUGAGUGUUUUCUCAGUUUAAGGAAGUUCAGUGCAAUUUUAUAAAGUGUUUUGCUAAACAUAAAAGGAGAAAGUGAUUUGCCGAUUAUCACAGUUGAUUCAAAAUUUGAUCCAAUACAACGAGGAAAACAGAAGAAAUAUGAGUGAAAUAAUUAGUCAUUCAGAACUAGCAGAAAUUCCAACGGAAGCUCUACAUUACGUACAAUAUCGCCAUAAAGGAUCAUCCGAGAAAAAGUACCUCUUAAAAUGUUCUUCAGUUGUGGGAUUUGAUGUGAAAUGCGCACUGUGUAAAAUAGGAUUGAAAAUGGAAGAUGUUCUCGACCAUUUCCAAAAGUCAAAACACAUGAAAAAACUACUAGACGUUGCAGAAUUUUACCUCCCAGUUACUGUUGUAGAACCAGAUUCACAGUCACUAAGUUCUCUAAAUGCAAAUGAGGAAGAGGUACUAGCGCCGUUAAUUCCCUCGGAAACAGUUAGUUCCAGUACAGUUAAUCAGCAGGAGCAAGAAGCACAUGAAACCGUUGCCACUUCAACUACCACCUCCAAGGAUGUUUCUACAUCAUCGGUGGCAUUAUGUAAAACUACAACAGAAACCCUGUUGGAGAAGACGAGAAAGAUUUCUUCCCAACAACUAACAGACAUCAACAUUCAAGUGAAUUCCGAAGUUUUCUCGGGCGAACAACUUGAUCUAUUAAAGCCGAUAUUCUCUGAGCUAUGCAAGUACAACCUUAGUCAAGUUGAACACUAUGACAAUGGCAACGACUGGAAAAUUUUGUUGGUGCAAGUCCCAGGAAAUUUUGCUUGGUGCUUACAUAAAACAGGGAAGAUAGCUACUUGCCUUACAGACAGCACUUUGACAGUUUCUGCAAAAGAUAGAAAUCAAUGUUCAUUGUUAGUGUCAGUACAUCGACGGAUCACUGAGGAACCAAGAAUAUUACCACUGAACGCAAGCUCACGCUUUCAACUAAUAUGGCGUGAUUUAGAUGUCCAAGAAGAACAAGGAAACAGAAACGAGGGCAAUUCUCAACUGGAAGUUCUCGAAAACAUGAAUGCCGGUAUCGAAGACGAAUUAACAAAAAAGGACGAAGUGACUGUGGUCGACGAGAAAUAUGAACCGAAAGCAGUAAUACCAACUUCAGAAGUGAUUAAGUGUUCACCAAAACAUAACAAUGAAGACUCUGAAAAAACAAAAGAUUCAUCGGACGAAGAAAACCAGACGGAACAAAAUAACGGAAAUCACUUAUCUAAUAUAAUCGAUAAUCUGACAGUAGACGUGAGCAUUAUAUUUUUAUUGUGUUUUUUGUGUUUAUUUGCUAGUGUUUAUUGGUUCUCAUGGUAAAGCACAAAAAAGUGGACAUAAAAACCCUAUCUACUGCUCCAUUUUUUAAUGAAUCAUCCACUCCUAAUAUUUACUUUACCAGCUUUAUUACUUCCUUAACUCCAUUCCUGAUUUUUAGUAACAUGAUAGUUGUACCUUUUCACAUCUAUAGUAUAAUUUCUUUGCUGGGAGUCAUGUACAACUCUCACGUCACUAAAUUUCGAUCCAACUUUGAUAACUUUAAAUUUAAGCUGAUCUGAAAUUUGUACAUAUGCGAGUUUUAUUUUAAAUUAGAUGGUUCAAAUAACAAGCUAAAAGGUGUCAAUUUUAGCAGAUCUUUAGUCUUUGCCAUUUUCUCCGAGUCUUUUUGAUAAUUUAAGUUACAAAUUUAAAAUAUCGAUAUUCAAUGAUUCUGUGUCGGUCUUUAGUGGAUACUUGGUUAUUGUAUUCAACCUAAAUAUUUUCUUGACAUGCAUAUUUCAGUAAUAUAAAUUCUUAGUAAAUAAAAACAGCAUAUCCUUUCCAUAUCUUUGCAAA